GAGGGAGUGUCAGUAGAGACAUCAUGUGUAGGAGCAGCCUGCCUGCAGUUUAUUUCUUAUGUUGAAGAGUGGUGUCUCAGUAGCAUUAAUCGUAUUGAUAUUAGUAGUUGGAGUAGAGGACAAAUCGACAAGUCGGAAGUCAGAAGGGAGAAUAUAUGA